GAGGGCUGCGAGCGCACCGACAGACAGACCGACCGACGGACUGGCAGUCCGCCGGACAGACGGGGCAGCGCAGGGAGCCGGGACGCGGCGGGAGAGCGACAUGACCGGCCACAUACAACAGCCAAGCGGGCGCGGGAACACCGGUCCUGCGCCCUCGCCUUCCCCCGGCCCGGGCCCGGGCCCUGGCGCCUCAGAGAGGGUAGCGCUCAAGAAGGAGAUCGGACUGGUGAGCGCCUGUACCAUCAUCGUCGGGAACAUCAUUGGCUCGGGCAUCUUCAUCUCACCCAAGGGUGUCCUUGAGCACUCAGGCUCCGUGGGUCUGGCCCUCUUCGUCUGGGUCCUGGGUGGGGGCGUGACAGCUCUGGGCUCUCUCUGCUAUGCAGAGCUGGGAGUUGCCAUCCCCAAGUCCGGCGGGGACUACGCCUACGUCACAGAGAUCUUCGGGGGCCUGGCUGGAUUCCUGCUGCUCUGGAGUGCUGUCCUCAUCAUGUACCCCACCAGCCUGGCUGUCAUCUCCAUGACCUUCUCCAACUACGUGCUGCAACCUGUGUUCCCCAACUGCAUCCCCCCAGCUACGGCCUCUCGCGUGCUCUCCAUGGCCUGCCUGAUGCUCCUGACAUGGGUGAAUGGCUCCAGUGUACGCUGGGCCACGCGCAUCCAGGACAUCUUCACGGGUGGGAAGCUGCUGGCCCUGUCCCUCAUCAUUGGCAUUGGCUUUGUCCAGAUCUUCCAAGGACAUUUCGAGGAACUGAGGCCCAGCAAUGCCUUCACCUUCUGGAUGACGCCCUCUGUGGGUCACCUGGCCCUGGCCUUUCUCCAGGGCUCCUUUGCCUUCAGCGGCUGGAACUUCCUCAACUAUGUCACCGAGGAGCUGGUUGACCCUCGAAAGAACCUACCUCGUGCCAUCUUUAUCUCUAUCCCUCUGGUGACCUUCGUGUACACAUUCACCAACGUUGCCUACUUCACCGCCAUGUCACCCCAAGAGCUGCUGUCUUCUAACGCAGUGGCUGUGACCUUCGGGGAGAAGCUGCUGGGCUACUUUUCAUGGGUCAUGCCCGUCUCCGUGGCUCUUUCCACUUUUGGAGGGAUCAAUGGCUACCUGUUCACCUCCUCCAGGCUGUGCUUCUCUGGAGCCCGAGAGGGGCACUUGCCCAGCCUGCUAGCAAUGAUCCAUGUCAGACACUGCACCCCUAUCCCUGCCCUCCUUGUCUGUUGCGGGGCCACCGCGGUGAUCAUGCUUGUGGGAGACACGUACACACUCAUCAACUACGUGUCCUUCAUCAACUACCUCUGCUACGGCAUCACCAUCCUGGGCCUGCUUGUUCUGCGCUGGAGGCGGCCAGCACUCCACAGGCCCAUCAAGGUGAACCUGCUGGUCCCGGUGGCGUACCUGGUAUUCUGGGCAUUCCUGCUGGUCUUCAGCUUCAUCUCAGAGCCCAUGGUCUGUGGGGUUGGCGUCAUCAUCAUCCUCACAGGGGUGCCCAUUUUCUUCCUGGGAGUGUUCUGGAGGAGGAAACCAAAGUGUGUACACAGACUCACAGAGUCCAUGACACGCUGGGGCCAGGAGUUGUGUUUCGUGGUUUACCCCCAGUGCUCCCCCGAGGAGGAGGAGGAAAAUGGCCCCUACCAGACCUUCCCACUGCCGGCCACGGACAAGCCCUUAAAGACACAAUGAGACAUUUGUAGAGACUGAAGCAGCUGUUUCUGUUUACAUGUUGUUUAUUGAGGAGGUGUUUUUGCAAAAACUUUUUUUUUUUCUGGAAAGAAGAGAUAUGACUCUUAGAGGCCUAUCGUAAGGAAGCCCAGACAAGGUGGACGGGGUUUCCUGUCUUAGCACUGCCCUGCUAGCUUUUUCUGAAAAGGCCUACAAAUAAACAGGGCUGGUUGUUCGCUUGUGCUCAGGGGAGUCCCUGGUGGACCCUGAUGGGGGCAGGUGGUGGCAUACCUCACUGGGAGGCACGCACAUUGCUAGUUGGGAAGAUGCCAUGGCAGACCCUGGAGGAGAUGCCACUGAGGAGGCUCUUAGUAUCUGAGGGUCUUGACGCUUGACCUAGGGCUGGCUCAGUGAAGCCCAGAACCAACCUGCCCAAGAGGGACAGUGAGGGAAAGCUGCUCCAUCUGCCCCUUCCCUGGGUCACUCCAUGCCAACCUCAGGGGAGCCCAGGGAUUCCUGGUCAGGAUCAUCUUUCUUCUCAUAAGUCACCAGAGUGAAUGUCAUGACUUGAGUGCACACAGCCUCACCUUGGUCUACAGGUGGGGAAACUGAGACCCUGAGACAGGAUGGGAUGGAUUUGGCUACUAUCCCUUGGUGCCUCAGCUUCUGUCCCCUGAGAAAGUACAGAGCAGGAUGUCCUGGGAAUCUCAGGGCUUGCAAAAGGUCUCAUGGCCCUCAACCUCAUACCAACAUUUCCAGCCCUGCCAUAGUCCCCUGGAGGUUGACCCCUCGGUCAGAUCACAAAUGGCAAAGGGCACCAGCCUGGCCAGGCCCAAGAUGGCUUCAUGGAGCAGA